AUGUUAACAAACCAAUACUUGGUAGAUCAAUAUGCGAAAAUUGAAUCUGAGAGAUUGGCCUACAUUCGUAAUAAUCAAACUAAAUUGAGAGCUGAAAAUUACGUUCAUCUUCAAGAUGCUUUACAGGCGAUUGAACACCGCAACGGCAUUGGGCAGUUGGUUAUACUACCUUCAUCAUUCACAGGUGGACCUCGAUAUUUACACGAAAAAUCGCAAGACGCUAUGACUUACGUAAGAAAUUACGGCAAACCUGAUUUAUUUAAAACUGCAACAUGUAACCCAAAUUGGCCGGAAAUCAAAGAAAAUAUUUACACCAAUUUAACUCCACAAGACAGGUACGAUAUAGUUAACAGAGUUUUCCAUUUAAAAGUAAAGAAACUCCUGCACCUCAUUAACAAGUCUCAUAUAUUCGGUCCGCCGCGCUGUCAUAUGUACACAAUAGAAUGGCAGAAACGUGGCUUGCCACAUGUACACCUGUUGGUGUGGUUAGUGAACAAAAUUAGACCAAACCAAUUUGACAGGGUUAUUUCAGCUGAAUUACCGGAUAAAGAUGAAGAUCCUAUCCUGUACGAAAUCGUAAAGAAACAUAUGGUACACGGCCCUUGCGGGACUUUAAAUCCGAAUUCUCCAUGUAUGCGAGAUUCUAAAUGCAGCAAAAAAUUUCCGAAGUCGUUCCAAACUCAAACAAGUACUAGCGAUGACGGAUAUCCCAAAUAUCGUCGACGAUCGCCAGAAGAGGGUGGGCAAAAUGCUACCGUCCGAAACCAUGAUAUUGAUAACCGAUGGAUUGUUCCCUAUAAUCCGCUCCUUUUGAAAAUUUUUGAUGCCCACAUCAACGUAGAGUUGUGCAAUUCAGUAAAGUCAAUUCAAUAUAUUACUAAGUACAUUAAUAAAGGCAGUGAUCAAGCCACUUUCAGCAUACAAUCACCAAAUGAAGGGGAAAAAUAUCAGUCUGGACGUUACAUCUGCAGCUCUGAAGCUGUAUGGAGGGUUUUAUCAUUCGAAGUGCACGACCGGGCUCCCACAAUUGUCCACCUUGCAGUUCAUUUAGAAAAUGGACAAAGAGUAUAUUUCACAGAGAACAAUAUACAAGAAGUUGUUAAUAACCCGCGGGAUACAACAUUGACGGCAUUCUUCAAGUUAUGUGCUCAAGAUGACUUCGCCAAAACACUGACAUAUGACAGAGUUCCAGGUUACUAUACAUGGAACCAGAGUUCUAAAACUUUUCAACGGCGAAAACAAGGUACUGCGGUUGAUGGUUUCCCCGGAGUAAAAAAAACGGAUGCUCUUGGCAGAGUCUACGUGGUUCAUCCCAACAACAGCGAAUGCUUUUAUCUGAGAAUGUUACUGCAUAUUGUAAAAGGACCGACAUCCUUUGCACACCUAAGAACUGUACAAGGUGUUGUUUAUAAUACUUAUCAAGCAGCAUGCAAAGCUAUGGGGCUCUUGGAAGACGAUUCUCACUGGGAAAACACAUUAUCAGAAGCAGCUGUUUGUAGUUCAGCUACAUCAUUAAGAUAUUUAUUUGCCGUCAUAGUAGUGUUUUGUCAAGUAACUGAUUCUGUUAAUCUAUGGAAUAAAUUUCUAGAAAAUAUGGCCAGUGAUAUUCUGAUUCGACGACGGCGAGAGUUAAACUCAGAUGAUGUACAAUAUGAUCAAAACAUAUUUGACGAAGCAUUAUUGGAAUUGAACAAAGUAGUGCAAUUACUUUCGGGUAAAUCGAUCAAGGAUUUUGGGCUGCCGAUGCCAGCUAAUACUACUAACUCAGAUUUAACUAACAGUGCCGAAUACACAAGAGAAACAUCAUACGAUCAAACGAGACUUUUACAAAAUAUAGCUCAAGAUGAGCCACGAUUAAACAUCGAUCAGAAAAAAGUAUUCGCUGCAUUACUAUCAACAAUUGAUAACAAUGAAGGGAAAUUGUUUUUCCUUGAUGCCCCAGGAGGUACAGGAAAAACAUUUUUAAUCAAUCUGCUUUAA